GCGGGGCCCCGACGGGGGCCGAGGUGGGAGCAGCGCAGCCUGGCUCGGGGGCUCCGACUCCUCCUCCCCCGGCGCCGCCGCCGCCGUCGCCUCCACCGCCCGCCGCACGGGGUCCUAAAGCCGCGCGACUCAAGAGGAUGGUGCGCUUGGCCGCCGAACUGCUCCUGCUGCUGGGGCUACUGCUGCUUACGCUGCACAUCACGGUUCUGCGCGGAUCCGGAGCCGCCGACCGGCCAGACGCGGCCGCGGGCAACGUCAGCGGGUCUCAGCUGCAGAAUAACCUCAACCUGGAGAGUGAGUCCACAUCAGAAACCAGCUUUCCUCUGUCCAAAGAAGUCUCAGGGGAGCACCAAGUUAUCCACCAACCCUCCCCUAGACAGCGAUUCCCUCAAGAGACUGGGCAUCCUUCACUGCAAAGAGACGGCCCCAGAUCAUUUCUCCUUGAUCUACCAAACUUUCCAGAUCUUUCCAAAGCUGAUAUCAAUGGGCAGAAUCCAAAUAUUCAGGUCACCAUAGAGGUGGUCGACGGUCCUGACUCUGAAGCAGAAAAGGAUCAGCAUCCAGAGAAUAAACCCAGCUGGUCAGUCCCGGUUCCUGACUGGCGGGCCUGGUGGCAGAGGUCCUUGUCCUUGGCCAGGACAAACAGCGGGGACCAGGACUACAAGUAUGACAGUACCUCAGAUGACAGCAACUUCCUCAGUGUUCCUAGGGGGUGGGACCGUCCAGCCCCAGGCCAUCGGACUUUUGAAACCAAAGAGCAGCCAGAAUAUGAUUCCACAGAUGGUGAGGGUGACUGGAGUCUCUGGUCUGUCUGCAGCGUCACCUGUGGAAAUGGCAACCAAAAACGGACCCGUUCUUGUGGCUAUGCAUGCAUUGCAACAGAGUCAAGGACCUGUGACCGUCCAAACUGCCCAGGAAUUGAAGACACCUUCAGGACAGCAGCCACCGAAGUGAGUCUGCUUGCGGGAAGCGAGGAGUUUAAUGCCACCAAGUUGUUUGAAGUUGAUAUGGACAGCUGUGAGCGAUGGAUGAGCUGCAAAAGUGAGUUCUUAAAGAAAUACAUGCACAAGGUAAUCAAUGACUUGCCCAGCUGUCCCUGUUCCUACCCCACUGAGGUGGCUUACAACACCGCCAACAUCUUUGACCGCAUCAAGCGCAAGGACUUCCGAUGGAAGGAUGCUAGUGGACCCAAAGAGAAACUGGAGAUCUACAAGCCUACUGCCCGGUACUGCAUCCGCUCUAUGUUGUCCCUGGAGAGUACCACCCUUGCUGCCCAGCACUGUUGCUAUGGGGACAACAUGCAACUCAUCACCAGAGGCAAAGGGGCAGGCACACCCAAUCUCAUCAGCACCGAGUUCUCCGCUGAGCUCCACUACAAAGUGGACGUUCUGCCUUGGAUCAUCUGCAAGGGCGACUGGAGUAGGUAUAACGAGGCCCGGCCUCCCAACAAUGGACAGAAGUGCACAGAAAGCCCCUCUGAUGAGGACUACAUUAAACAGUUCCAAGAGGCCAGGGAAUACUAAAGCAAUGCUGGUUCGGAGGCACAAAUGCACUGAUCUGCCAACUGUCACCCAGUUUUUUUUAAGCCACAUUUUUGUACAUUCCACAUGAGUAUUUUUCUAAGUACACUAGGGGUACGCUCCGGGUCUGAGGGACUGCUAUAUCCAUUACCUACAAACCCUGUUGGAAGUCCUGACAGUGGGUGUGCAGGCAGGAAGAGGAACCUGGGAGCCAUAGUGGGUGUGAUUCAAUUCCCACCUCUGUCGAGUGCACAGGAGCGCAAAGACUGAGACUGUAAACAUUAUAAAUGGUUUUAUAUAUAACUUAUUUAAUACAAAUGUGACUUAAGCUUUCCCUUUUCUCUGGAGUUGACCUUGUAAAAAUUAUUUAAUCACUUCUGAGAGAGUUCAAAAAGGAAAGGACUUUGGGGAAUGGGGAGAAAAGGAAUGUUGCAGCAGAGAGGCAUAAAAACAAAUAACCAGCCACCUUACACCGGGUGCUCUUUAGUGAGAAGGUGUUUGCUGGAGUCACAAAGUCCAACAUUCUCUUGCCUUCGACUAGGCAAAGGGUGAGUAGAAAGUGAAUGUUUAGAGUCAAAUCUAAGACUUGGUUUUAAAUGACUUUAAAACAAAUGAACAAUGUGAUUCCAGUAAGGAUGGUAUUAACAAGCUCAGGAGACUGGAGGAAGUUUCAGGCAUAAAGCCAGGAGUGGCACUUUCCAAAAGAAAAAAGCAAAACAAGUGAGAAAAUAAUAUGGGCCCCAUUUUAUCUAUUUUAUUUUAAUAUAACGACUUUUCUCUACCAAUAUAUUCCCAGUAAAUAAAUUUAAAAGGCAGUGGUAGGAGCUGAAGUCCGGGAAAUCCUACUUUUUUAUGUUUUAAGAAAGAAAAAAACUGCAUUAUUUUUGUAAAGUAUUUAUUGAAUCAUUGGAUACUGUGCAUUGGGCAGCGGCAAAGCAGUCCAGUUCUGUGGGUGUAGAACUGGAAGACAGAUGAAAAGUUGGUUCUUAGGCAAUCUUACUUGCAAAACU